AUGUUUAGUGGACGCACUUUAGCCAAAAAGAAUACAGUUGUGUCUGUGAUUUCAGUUGGCAGCAGGUUGAUACACUGUCACAAGUUGGUGCUGGCCUGUGUUAUCCCUUACUUCAGGGCCAUGUUCCUGUCGGAGAUGUCUGAAGCCAAGCAGGAACUGAUAGAAAUUAAAGACUUUGAUGGUGAUGCCAUUCAGGACCUGGUGCAUUUUGCUUAUUCCUCCAAGCUCACCUUAACUGUGGAUAAUGUCCAGCCACUGCUUUAUGCUGCCUGCAUCCUUCAGGUUGAGUUGGUGGCGAGAGCCUGCUGUGAAUACAUGAAGGCACACUUUCACCCCACCAACUGCCUGGCAGUUCGAACCUUUGCCGAGAGCCACAAUCGGGUGGACCUGAUGGACAUGGCUGACCGCUACGCCUGCGAGCACUUCACAGAGGUAGUGGAGUGUGAGGACUUCACAUGUGUGUCUCCCCAGCACUUGCGUACAUUACUGUCCUCCAGCGACCUCAAUAUUCACUCGGAGACACAGGUGUACAAUGCAGCAGUGAAAUGGCUAAACGCAAACCCACAGCAUCACGAGGCCUGGCUGGACCAGAUCAUGUCUCAGGUGCGCCUGCCCCUACUACCAGUAGAGUUUCUGACUGGAACCGUGGCAAAAGACGAGAUGAUCAAAGGUAACCUGAGCUGUCGUGACUUGAUGGAUGAAGCCAGAAACUACCACCUGCACCUCAACAACAAGGUGGUUCCAGACUUUGAGUAUUCAGUCCGUACCAUACCCAGGAAGCACACUGCAGGAGUUUUGUUCUGCGUGGGUGGCCGGGGCGGUUCUGGUGACCCGUUUCGCAGCAUUGAGUGUUACUCCAUCACUAAGAACAGCUGGUUUUUUGGCCCUGAAAUGAACAGCAGACGGCGUCACGUGGGCGUAAUAUCUGUAGGAGGCAAAGUUUAUGCUGUUGGGGGCCAUGAUGGUAAUGAACACUUGGGAAACAUGGAGAUGUUUGACCCCUUCACUAACAAGUGGAUGAUGAAAGCGUCGAUGAAUACCAAAAGGAGGGGGAUAGCCCUGGCAGCCCUUGGUGGUCCUAUAUAUGCUAUUGGAGGUCUGGACGACAACUCCUGUUUCAACGACGUGGAGCGUUAUGACAUCGAAAGUGACUGCUGGAGUGCCGUGGCGCCGAUGAACACCCCCAGGGGAGGAGUUGGAUCUGUGGCACUGGGGAAUUUUGUGUAUGCUGUGGGAGGCAACGACGGCGUGGCGUCACUGUCCAGUGUGGAACGGUUUAAUCCUCAUCUCAACAAGUGGACGGAGGUCUGCGAGAUGGGACAGCGUCGGGCUGGAAAUGGAGUCAGCAAACUCAAUGGCUGCCUCUAUGUAGUGGGUGGUUUUGAUGACAACUCGCCACUGAGCUCUGUAGAGCGCUUUGACCCACGAAUGCACCGCUGGGAGUACGUGUCAGAGCUCACCACCCCACGUGGAGGGGUCGGGGUCGCCACUGUAAUGGGAAGAGUGUUUGCAGUAGGGGGACACAAUGGGAACAUUUACCUGAACACAGUGGAGGCUUUUGAGCCACGAAUGAACAGAUGGGAGCUGGUGGGCUCAGUGUCUCACUGCCGUGCUGGAGCUGGAGUCGCUGUCUGUUCGUCUCACGUCAGCCAGAUCAGAGACGUCGGACAAGGCUCCAGCAACGUGGUCAACUGCAUGUGAGCUCCACUCCACGCACUAUCAGGCGACUGACUGCCAGGCCACCGUCACAUCCGAUAACUGCACAAAAUCGGAGAAAUUUCACCCGAUGUUCAGUUUUUUCAGUGAGAUUUUAAUGACUUGAAGUGCACAUUUGACAAAUCUGAAGUCUUCUGUGACAAAAAGACACUUUGAAGACAUUUGUGACUCCUGCAGGUGUUCUGUACAAUCAUUGAUGUUGUAUUUUGUACUGUACUUUUCCUUGUUUCCCUUCUUUGACUGAGUUUUGACUGUUUAAGGGAAAAUAGUAGCUGAGCCAUGUACAUAUACAGACCACAUGAGAAUGAGAGGGGUGCUUUGAUUCAU